UUAUUGUCGAGUCUGAACCAGCACGGCUUAAAAGUGUUGGCGGAUUACAGACUCGGGAUUAACGAGAGCGUCGGGUGGGGUCAAGGUCAAGGAUGCUUUAAUGGUUCCAGGUACCUAGACAACAAUCUGCGAUGCCUGACGCCGGGCGAGGUGACGAUGUCCAACGAUUCCCUGGUCAACAAGGACCUUGCGGCCUUCUCCAACUGGUACGCCCAGUACCACGGCUACGUCUCCCUCUGCGUCUGCAUGGGCGGCAUCGUCACCAACACCUUUAACUUCAUGGUGCUCACCCGCAAGCACAUGCGCACGCCCGUCAACCAAAUCCUCACAGGCUUGGCUAUUUCUGAUAUCAUCACCAUGUUGAGUUAUCUCCCUUUCGCGAUCCACUUCUACUGCAUGCACCCGAGUUCCUCCCAUUCCCCGGAUAGAAAUUCUAAAGGUUGGAUGAGCUUCUUGCUCUUCCACAUCAGCCUCACCGCAGUCACGCACACCAUCAGCAUCUGGUUAUGCGUCGUGUUGGCCAUAGUCCGGUACCUCCACAUCCGGUCUCCGACGCGCGCGAGUUCGGUCCGACUGAAGCGGAACAUCCAAGCCAGGUACCUUGUCUUAGGGACGUAUAUCAUCUCAAUCCUCGUCAUGAUCCCCAACUACAUGACCAACGAGCUCAAAGAAAAACAAAUUUCUGUGAACCAGACGUUCAACAACGUGACGUUCGCGAACCAGACUUUUUAUUUCUUGGAGCACUUCCGGCUCGGGAGCAACGACACGAACCCGCUGGUACUCACCAACGUUUGGAUGUACGCCAUCCUAGCCAAGCUCGUGCCCUGCUUCUUGAUCUCCGUCUUCGGAUCCCUCCUGCUCUACCAAAUGCGGGCCAAACUCCGCCAGCGGAAAGACUUCCUCAAAGUCUCCGCCUCCAACAACCACAAACUCCACGAACAUUCCAGAACGACGAAGAUGCUGAUCACAGUUAUCGUUCUUUUUCUCAUCACCGAGCUCCCCCAGGGGGUGUUGAUCAUCCUCAGCGCGUGCCGCGAGGGGCUCUUCGACACGGUCUACAUGCCGCUGGGUGACGUCAUGGACAUCGGGGCGCUUGUCAACAACGCCAUCAACUUUGUGCUGUACUGCUCCAUGAGCGCCAAGUUCCGACAGACGUUCCUGCAACUCUUCUGCCACUGUGGCCGCGAGUUCGACAGCGAGGCUGAGGAGAACGGUUAUGUCCUUCGCGAGGAUAAAGGCGAGUCCUACAGCAAUAACAAUGAGCUGGAGAACGUCAUUUAGCAGUAUAA